GGGUUGCUGCUCGGAGCAGUCUGCGGCGUGGGGCUUCGCGCGUGAGCGGCGCGGACGCCCGGCCUGGCCCGCGAGCUUUCCCGGCUGGCGGGUGGUGGUGACAGCGGCGCGGGGAAACCGCCACGAGGGGCAGGCUCCGGCGAGCGUCCCGCCAUGGAGGAGUCGCUGGCGUCCCCGGAGCGGCAGCUGUGCGACAGCCUCAUCCUGUGGCUGCAGACAUUCAAGACUGCCUCACCUUGUCAAGAUGUCAAACAGCUGACUAAUGGAGUUGCCAUGGCACAAGUUCUUCAUCAAAUUGAUGUUGCUUGGUUCAAUGAAUCUUGGUUAAGUCGAAUUAAAGAGGAUGUCGGGGAUAACUGGAGAAUAAAGGCUAGUAAUUUAAAGAAGAUCCUUCAAGGAAUUGUGAGUUAUUACCAUGAGUUUUUGGGGCAGCAGAUUUCUGAAGAACUUAUUCCUGAUUUAAACCAAAUAACUGAAUGUUCAGAUUCCGUGGAACUUGGGAGAUUGCUUCAGCUUAUUUUAGGUUGUGCGGUCAACUGUGAGAAAAAGCAAGAGCAUAUUAAAAAUAUAAUGACAUUGGAAGAGUCUGUCCAACAUGUGGUCAUGACUGCUAUUCAAGAGUUGAUGAGUAAGGAAAUAGUGAGCUCUCCUACAAAUGAUGCUGUUGGGGAAUUAGAGCAACAGCUUAAAAGGGCGUUGGAAGAACUUCAGGAAGCACAAGCAGAGAAAGAAGAGCUGAAGCAGAGAUGCCAAGAACUGGAUAUGCAGGUGACAACACUUCAAGAUGAGAAGAAUUCACUGGUUUCUGAGAAUGAGAUGAUGAAUGAAAAACUUGACCAGUUGGAUGGCUCUUUUGAUGAUCCAAAUAUGAUGGUUGCAAAAAAGUAUUUCCAUGCACAGUUACAAUUAGAACAAUUACAGGAAGAAAACUUCAGACUUGAAGCUGCAAAAGAUGAUUACCGUGUUCACUGUGAAGAACUUGAAAAGCAACUGAUUGAAUUUCAGCAUAGGAAUGAUGAAUUGACUGGGAUUGCUGAAGAAACAAGAGCUCUAAAAGAUGAAAUUGAUGUUCUCAGGGCUACGUCUGAUAAAGCAAAUAAGCUUGAAUCAACAGUUGAGAUUUAUCGUCAGAAGCUACAAGAUCUAAAUGACCUCCGCAAGCAGGUGAAAACUUUACAGGAUGCAAACAUGAUGUAUAUGCAUAAUACAGUCAGCUUAGAAGAAGAAUUAAAGAAGGCAAAUGCAGCACGUACACAGUUAGAAACAUACAAAAGGCAGGUUCAGGACCUGCACAUUAAACUUUCUUCUGAAUCCAAAAGGGCAGACACUCUAGCAUUUGAAAUGAAGCGGCUUAAAGAAAAACAUGAAGCUUUACUUAAGGAAAAAGAGAGACUGAUAGAGCAGCGUGAUACUCUGAAAGAAACAAAUGAAGAGCUUCGUUGUUCACAAGUACAGCAGGAUCACCUAAACCAAACAGACAUAUCUGCUACAAAGAGUUAUGAGAACCUUGCUGCUGAGAUCAUGCCAGUGGAGUACAGAGAGGUGUUUAUUCGACUGCAACAUGAAAACAAGAUGCUUCGAUUACAACAGGAAGGUUCUGAGAAUGAGCGCAUUGAAGAGCUACAGGAGCAGCUGGAACAGAAGCACCGCAAGAUGAAUGAAUUGGAAACUGAGCAAAGGCUUAGCAAAGAGCGCGUCAGAGAAUUGCAGCAGCAGAUUGAAGACCUUCAAAAGUCUUUGCAAGAAUAUGGCUCCAGGUCUGAAGGCGAAAGUUCCAGCAAACUAAAGCAGAAGUUGGAAGCUCAUAUGGAAAAACUAACAGAAGUCCAUGAAGAAUUACAGAAGAAACAAGAGCUCAUUGAAGAUCUUCAGCCAGAUAUAAAUCAAAAUGUACAAAAGAUCAGUGAACUUGAAGCUGCCCUUCAGAAGAAAGAUGAAGAUAUGAAAGCAAUGGAGGAAAGAUAUAAAAUGUACUUAGAGAAAGCCCGAAAUGUAAUAAAAACUUUAGAUCCCAAAUUAAAUCCAGCAUCAGCUGAAAUAAUGCUACUUCGAAAGCAGUUAGCAGAGAAAGAGAGAAGAAUUGAGAUUCUGGAGAGUGAAUGUAAAGUAGCAAAAUUCCGUGAUUAUGAAGAAAAACUCAUUGUUUCUGCCUGGUAUAAUAAGAGUCUGGCAUUCCAGAAACUAGGGAUGGAGUCCAGGCUCAUGAGCAGCGCUUGCAAAGACGCUGGUCCUUGUGGCCCCACACGGUCCUUCUUAGCACAGCAGCGGCACAUCACCAGCACCCGGAGAAAUCUCUCUGUCAAAGUUCCAGCUGCAACGUCUGAUUAAACUGCAAAAGAAAACAGGAACAGAAGUGCCCUUAAAAUGUUUUAUACCUUUCAGCUACUGCAUUAUAAAAGGUUAAGAUGCUUGACGUAGGCAUGUUGGAAUAAAAAUCCCACAAAUCGAUUUUUGCCAGAUAACUUCAAAAACAAAGUAUAGAAGUAACUGUCUCUCUGGGAAAGCACACUGGAAUAAUUAGAAGAUAUAAUUAAGCACAUAUCUUAAACAACCAUUUUCUGAGUAUUAUAAUUUCAAAUUGACUUUUAUUUUAACGUUUUCUGUUAUACCAGUAAUUUAAUUUGCAGCAUCAGUAAUUACAGUUUUACAAUGUAUCUAGUUUAUGUUAUUGUUCCAUAUAAAACUAGUCUUGAUGUAGGCAUACAGAGAACUAUACAGGGUAAUUUCUCUAACUUGAUUUUUGAGAUUUUACUUCUAUCCACAAAUUCUUUUAAAUAGACGUAUUUUGGCAUGCCAUGUAAGGUGAACACUCUGGAAGAUUUAACCAUGGCAAUAACUGUGUGGAAAUGCUGCACAUUCUGAAAAGGACACAGUUUUCACAGGUGUCUACUAAAAACAAGGAGUUCUGGAGAGCUCAGUUGAAGUGUUAGAAGGUGGGAAAUAAACUCACAUUUUUAGGAGAUGACUGAUGGAAAGGAAGCUGAAAAAUAAUAUUUGGUGUGAACUGUCCACCUCCUUUUAAAUAUAAUCGAUAGUCUCAUUUACUGCUUUUCAGCUUAAAAUUAUCUCCCCAAAAAUGACAUACCACAAUAUAUUAAUUUUGCCUCAUUAUUGAAAAAACAUGUUGUAGUGAUAAAAUAACUUCAAUUUGAUUUUUGUUUACUUAUUGAGUUUAUCAUGGGAAGAAUCUGUGGUUUUAGUUUAUUUCUGCUAAAAGCUCCUAUUUUCAAAGAUGUUUCUACCUUUGUGGAUCAUUUUAACAAAUCUCAAUUUGGAAUAUUAGUUAAACUGUGUUACGUUUAUGUUGCUCAGUAUUGUUGCCACAAGUCGCAUGAGGCAGUUUAACUUAAUAAACAAAAAAUUAGGUUCUUGGGUUACACCAGCCACAUUUCCAACACUCACUAGCUGCACAUGGCUAGUGGCUACUUUAUCUGGCAGUCCAAAUACAGAAUAUUUCCAUCACUGUAGAAUUCUGUUGGACAAUGCUGUCUUUAGUCUCUUUUUAAUAGUAAAAUGGGAAAUAUGUUUUUGGUAUUAAAGCACAAAAAUAAAAAAACACAUUAGGACUAUUUCAGAGAUGAUGAGAAAUUGAAUUCUUACAGAACUAGCAUCUUAUAUUCUGCAUAGUUGAGUACCACUGUAGUGGUAGCUACAGUUAAUGUUUCCAGUGUUGUCCCACAAAUCCUUAUCAGCAGUAUGUCUGGAUCAGAGAUCAGCAAGCUUUCUUUGAAGGCACAGAUAGUAAAUUUUUUAAGCUUUGUGGGCUACAUGAUCUCAUCCCAGGUACUCAGUUCCGCCAUUAGGAUGUUAAAAAAGUCAUACACAAUAUGUAAACAAACUGGAUAUGGCUGUAUUUCAAUAAAAUUUUAUUUAAAGCAACUGGGAGAUGGAUUUGGCUGGUGGUACAGUUUUUAUUUUUUAGUCAUUCUUUUCAAAUAAGAGUAUUGUUCCAUUUCUAGUAUUCAUUUACAUAUCUGCUUUUAAAUUUCUUGCUCAGUUACUGUUUUAAUCACUGAAAGUACAAGAAUUUCAUACUGUAUCUGGGUCUCAGGUUAAGGAACACCUACCAGCAUGUUCUGUUUAUCAGGCUUGCUUCUGACUACCUCUUGGAUUUCAAUUUUUUUUAUCUGUACAAUUGUUGUUUUGCAUUUUUGUAUACUCUUAUAGUGUAUACUUGCCUGUGACUUUUGGUGAAGAGAAAUAAGACUUUGAAAAUAUUUUAGCAUGUUAAAUUUUUCUAAAUAUUGUGACAUUUUGGAAUAUUUUGGUCCUUAAACACGUCCUGCCCCUUUGAUGUUUCUCCUUGCUCAUAAUAGAGAUUUUUAUAAGCUCGUCAAACUCUCUUUUACUGGAAUUUAUUGUAAAGCAUCAAUAAGUCAGUUUUCCAGUUCUAUUGAUAAUAAAAUUUUCAAUUAUUUAGAAUUUCUAAAAAAUUCACACAAUUUGUGAAUAAGAACUUAAAGCUAAGUUCCUUUUUCUUAAAAGAGAAAAAAGCAGAUUUUCUCAUAUAUCAUUUUUAUAGGUGAUAAGUAGAAUGUAAAUUUGAUUAUAUAAGUAUUUAUAUAAGAAUAAUAUACUGUAAUUUGAAGUUCUGUAUUAUUGUGACUGUUUAUAACAGAAAUCAGGAACUGAUCAGAAGUGAGAUUCUUUUCUGCAUCUGGUUAAGGUAGUAAGAUUGACACCCUGUGGGUGGUGAAGCAUUAUCAAAAUUUCAUCACAAACUGAUUUCUAGUAUCUGUUUUGUAGGGGAGACUUGAAUGCAUAUAUUGUAGAAGAGAUAAUUCAGCAUUUAUCUGUUUGAUAAGAAAUUGAAUCUACCCAUGCACAGGCCAAUUUGCAAUAAUUUUGAGAGUUUUCUCUAAGAUUAAUCUUCCCUCUCUUUUUAAAAUGUAUACAAUGAUGUUUAUCCUGAGAUUAACUUAAUAUAUUGAGAAGUCUUUGAAGUUUUUCUAUUUUUACAAUAAAUAAGACCAUUGAUUUACUAUAGCUUAAGAAUGUCUUUGUCUAGAAACGUUAGGAGUGAGUAUUCUUCAUUAGGAUACCUUCAUCUCCAAUACCUGCACUGGUGAUUUGAAUGUUAAAUAAUGGUUUCACAGCCAUACUUGUUUCCAUGUCAUUGCAACUCUGGUCCUUGGGGAGUAGUGAUGGCCUUUAGGGCAAAGUGCUGUCUGCAUUAGGUUCUCUGUGUGUGAAAUGAGAAACAUUCCUUCAUGAAAAUCUAAUGUGGUUGUAUGCAUAAAUUCUCAGUGUGCACGUGUACAUUGCAAAGAAAUAGAGAAAAUUUGUGAAAUAUAAACCAUAAAAGUGUGCAGUAAUAAAUAUGAGGUAGUUUAAAAGUAAUGUUUAAUUUAAAAUGGUCCUUUCUAUUUUCUAUUGCAAAGACUUUGACACUUGAAUAAUAGAAGUAAUACUCGAUUUAUUUUUGUAUGUGUUUAGAAUAUUAUUUUAAAUAAAUGAUUGUCCAAUAAUAA